AAGCAGAGGUUCAUUCGCGGGAAUAAUAUACACAAGAAGAACGUGUAACACUCUGUCAUCCUAACCAUCACACCGAUACUCAUAUUCAAAAUGAUGACAAGUCAAUUAGCAAGACCUGCUUUACGUUCAGCUUCAAAGGCGGCAUCUUCUGUCUUGGCAGGUCCAAGCUUAAGAGCAUUCUCCACUUCUGCUUUACGUCAAAAAGAAGUAGAAAAUGUGACCGUUUUUGGAGGUGGUUUGAUGGGAAGUGGUAUCGCACAAGUAUUGGCACAUGAAGGUAAUUACAAUGUCACUUUAGCAGAUGUAACGGAAGAUGCAUUGGUAAAGGGAAAAUCAAUCAUGCAAAAAAGUUUAACCCGAAUCGCAAAAAAGAAAAUGGCAGAUCAAUCUGCAGAAGCACAAGAACAAUUUGUUAAAUCAAUCGUUGAUAAAGUUCAAACUACAACUGAUGCAGCUCAAGCUGUUAAAUCGAGUGAUUUAGUAAUCGAAGCAAUCAUUGAAAACAUCAAAAUAAAACAAGAUCUUUUCAAAUUCCUCGAUUCAAAAGCACCCGAUUCAUGCAUCUUUACAACAAACACAAGUAGUUUAAGCGUAAAAGAUGUCGCACAAUCAUCCAAUAGACCUGACAGAUUUGGUGGCUUCCACGCUUUCAACCCUGUUCCACAAAUGAAAUUAGUCGAAAUCAUCAAAACUGAUCAAACAAGCGAAGAAACAUUUGAAACUUUGAUGAACGUCGCCCGCAAGAUGAAGAAACAACCUGUUGCAUGCACUGAUGCACCAGGUUUCAUCGUUAAUCGUUUAUUGGUCCCUUACUUGCUCGAAGCUAUCAGACUCGUCGAACGUGGAGAAGCAACUGCAGAAGAUGUUGAUAUUGCCAUGAAACUUGGUGCAGGACACCCAAUGGGACCAAUCCAAUUGGCCGACUUUGUUGGUCUUGACACUUUAUCACACAUUUCUAAGGGAUGGAGAGAAUCUCGUGUAUCGACCGGUGAAAUCAGCGCUGAUAUCGUUCAAGAGAGCAAAUUAUUGGAAGAUUUGGUCGCACAAGGCCGAACAGGAAAGAAGAGCGAUAAAGGUGGUUUCUACCCCGCUUAAUCAUUUCAUCCUCUAUGUGUAUACGUCCUUAAUGGUAUAGCAUACCUUUAGAAAAAUCCGAAUCGAUUGAAUGCUGAAUU